AUGAAGAGUCCAAUUGCUCUCGUCGCCGUCAUGGCAGGACUGGCCAUGGCCCACCCACUCGCUGGCUCGACCGAUAUUAGGGGAUAUUCCGACACUGCCAAUACCAUUCAGGAGGUCCGGAAUAAGCUCAUGCGAUGCCUGGAGAGACGAGUGAGCUACUCUUUGUGCUGUAAAAUAUCCAAGGGAGUAGGCGCUAACAUGCCCGGGAUGUCAAAGAAACCACCUGGUACCAAACCAAACUGGUCGAUUGUCAUCGCGUCCCAGUACACGGUAAGCAUGCCGUUUCGAUAG